GAGAUCAGCUGUUCUUCUCUGAUCUCAGCUCUGAAGUCCAACCCCUCCCUCCUGAAACAUCUGAAACAUCUGAACCUGAGUCAGAACCAGCUGCAGGAUUCAGGAGUUGAGCAGCUGUGUGGUUUUCUGGAGAGUCCACUCUGCAGUCUGGAGACUCUGUGGUUGAUGGGCUGCAAAUUGUCAGAGAUCAGCUGUUCUUCUCUGGCCUCAGCUCUGAAGUCCAACCCCUCCCUCCUGAAACAUCUGAAACUUCUGGACCUGAGUUGGAACCAGCUGCAGGAUUCAGGAGUUGAGCAGCUGUGUGGUUUUCUGGAGAGUCCACUCUGCAGUCUGGAGACUCUGAGGUUGUUUGGCUGCAGGUUGUCAGAGAUCAGCUGUUCUUCUCUGAUCUCAGCUCUGAAGUCCAACCCCUCCCUCCUGAAACAUCUGAAACAUCUGGACCUGAGUGAGAACCAGCUGCAGGAUUCAGGAGUUGAGCAGCUGUGUGGUUUUCUGGAGAGUCCACUCUGCAGUCUGGAGUCUCUGGGGUUGUGGGGCUGCAGUUUGUCAAAGAUCAGCUGUUCUUCUCUGGCCUCAGCUCUGAAGUCCAACCCCUCCCUCCUGAAACAUCUGAAACAUCUGGAACUGAGUUGGAACCAGCUGCAGGAUUCAGGAGUUGAGCAGCUGUGUGGUUUUCUGGAGAGUCCACUCUGCAGUCUGGAG